AACUUAGACUCAUGGGCGGCCAUUGUUGUUAUUGCUCGGGGUCUUCAGCGAAGUGUCGGAAGAACUGUCGAGGCUUUAUUCCCUCGUGCACCUCUCUACUACACACACCCUCGCGACACCUGAGACUCCUCACAGGGACUCGGGAGUGAAGUGGCGAGCAGCAGAUCCACUUAUAUCAGCGUUAUGCAGAAGAAACGUUCAGCAGUGUGGCGUCACUUUGCGGAGGAAGGCGAGAACAAGGUGUCUUGCCGCACCUGCCACAAGCGCCUCACCAAGCACGGCAACACCUCCAUGAUGCUGCGGCACCUCCGAGGGAAGCACCCGGAGCUGAUGCACUGCCUCCUGCUGGAUGCUGAAGGUCCCAGCGGCCAUGAGGAGACCUGGCCAAUGGAGGAGCCCCAAGCUGAGGAGGUGGUGGAGUCUCUGCCACCCAUUGAUGCCUCAGCAGUGAAAAAGAAACGAUCAACUGUGUGGAAAUACUUUGAGGAGGAAGGCACAGACAAGGUUAGCUGCCGUAUUUGCGAUGAGAAGCUGGCCAAGCAUGGCAACACCUCCUCCAUGCUGCGCCACCUACGUGGAAAACACCCACAGCUCAAACUUGGGGACCUGCAGGGUGACCAAUCCAAGAAAAUGAACCACCUUCACCUUUGCUCUAGUAACACUGAGAUGCGUUUUCUCUCUGUGUGUGAACGACUCCUUCUCAACAACCAGCUGACAGACUGCACUCUGGUGGCUGAGGGACAAUUUGUGCAGGCCCACCGGCUCGUUCUGGCCACUUCGAGUGAGGUGUUUGAGGAGAUGUUCAAGACAGUGUGCCAGGCCAACCCAGUGGUGGUGCUUCGAGACAUCAGCCUUCAGGAACUCAGGGGUCUCAUCAGCUACAUGUACAAAGGGGAGACUCUUGUGAAAUCUCAUGACCUACCUGGACUCCUCAAGGCAGCUGCUCAGCUCAAGAUUAAAGGUCUGAGUCAAGUGGGGCUGUCUGAGUCUUGGCUGGACGACUCCCGCAACGCAGCAGCCGGCGUCGCCUCCUCGCCGCCCCACCACCACCACCACCACCACGUGAACCCCAAGCCUGACAUGACCUUCUACCAGGACGACCAGGAGAUGGAAGAAAUGGACGAGGAUGACCCGGACCAUCAAGGUACAGGCCAGGAAAAGAAGAAUGCAGCCACCAUCAACCUUAUGGCAAUGUGCGAGGAGGUGGUGCUGGACGAGGCUGGCGGUGGACUGGUCGCAGAGGGGGACGGGCGAACCCUGAAGCGUGUGCAGAUCAAGUUGGAACAUGGCGUUGGAGUGCCCCAGGAAGUCCCUCCCUCCGUGGAUCUUCCCUCUCACCGCAGCCCUGACACCUUCCUCGCAGGGUCUCAGGAGGAGGCUGUGAUUCACCAUGAUGCUGAGGAGAUGCAACAGCAGCAGCAGCAGCAACAGCAGGAGAGACAGAUGAGAGAUGAUCCACUCGCCCGUGCUGUCAAGGUUACUCAGUCUGCUUCUGGUGGGGAUCUUGAGCAGGGCAUGCCUGGUAUUCUGACUACCAACGGUGCUGUAGUGCGGAUGGGGGGCACCACUCCCCAGCAGGGUGCUUCGUCUGUCCAGAAUGCUAUUGACAAUGAAGGUCUGAUCCUGCUUGGCUUGGCUGGGACGACUGAGAACCAGGGCAGGGUGUAUGCUGGUCCCUCACAUCCCAAGCCAGACGCUCACACCCGCGGAGCCUCCCUAAGAAGGCUCCGUAGGUACUCAAAACAAGACCUCUUGACUGCUCUUAACAUGAUCCGUGAUGGUCACCUGGGCAUAAAACCUGCUGCCCGAGCCUUCAACAUCCCAGUGGCAACCUUGUACAAUGCCACCAAGAGACAUGACAUCUCCAGCCCCAUGCAGCAGGGUGCCAACAAGGACAUAUGGAGGAACAAAGGCCCGCUACUGGUUAGCACAGAUGGCAUACAUGUCCAGUGUCUCCCGCCGCGCUCACCAACACUGCCUGAAGCCUCCUAACUCCUCCCCAUCCCAUACCUUCCUCCAGGCCUCUUUAUGAAGCCCAGGGGUUGCUCACUUGUGUACUUGUGUUGCGUUGUCCAUCUCCUUGGACAUUAUAGCACUUAAGUCGUCAGUUCUGUUAUAUGUUUAUUAUCCUACCGAUUUUAUUUAAAAGUUCCGUCUUGAAGAUUAGCUGAUGUAUCCAAAAAAAAUUGUGCUCAUUAACUGCUUAUUUGUGCAGUUUUUAAGUUAAUCUCUGUUUAGUUUUCAUUUUAUGUAAGUCUUAAGAAACUUUAUAUAUACUAAAUAUAUAUAUUUGCACCACAAGACAUUACCAUUACUUGAGAGGCAUUCAAGGGCAUUUUGUAUGAUGAUAAUGGUAAUAUUACUAUGGAGAGCCUUUGUUGGUAGUAAGGAACAUAAUCAAAGGCCUCACUUUACACAUAAGUUAGGAAGAAUGUCUAUUUUUCCAAAUAGCCAUGGGUUUACUUGAUGUAUGCUUGCUGUUUUCUCUGACUAAAGUCGCCAAAGAGUGGAGCACUUGUUGAACGACCAGACAAGUAUAAUUUGAUGAAUUAUUUCACUAUUAGUGAAGACAAGAAUUCAUUUGAAUUUCAUGAGUUUGUAUUUGUAUUACUUGGCAUUUUGUAGUGUUAAGAAACAGUGUAUGGUGGUGUAGUCAGUGGGCAGUGUGGAGGGAAGAGACGUGCUUCUGAUUCCCUGGAGUGACAUUGAUUUGCAGCUGAGACUAUGGAAGGGAAAAGACAAAAUACCUUUGUGUCCCUUGAAAAAAAUUCCUCACAAACUCAGGGUAUGGUUCUGUAGGUCUCUCUCUCUCUCUCUCUCUCUCUCUCUCUCUCUCUCUCUCUCUCUCUCUCUCUCUCUCUCUCUCUCUCUCUCUCUCUCUCUCUUCCACAUAGCCAGACUACAAUGCUCAAGUAUAUUAUAAUUACUUCCUGUGACCUUGUUAAUUGGUAGUUGAACAAUUGAGAUAGAAUUCUUUUUAUCCAAAGUUUUGGUAGUCAUUAGUUUUCCUUUGCAUUCCCAAUUGUAUUUCUUUUUAAUUCUAACAUAAUCUGGUGCAGGAAGAUGUACUGUUUGCAUGGAAUUGAGUGUGUGGUUGUUGUUUUGGAAUCUUGUGUUGGAAAUGUCAAAAAAAUGUUUUGGAUUUCAAACAUUGAAACAGGAAAGGAAAUCACAUUAUUUAAUCUUUUUUUCUUUUUUUUUUUUUUUUUCCUUCUUUUUUUUGGUGUUAUGGAUUUACAUGAAACUAAAUCACAUAUAUGAUUACUUUUGUCGGGUAGGAAAUGGUUCUAUUUUCGUUUUCAUUUUCUCUUGGUUUCAUUCUACGUUUUUUUUUGGAGCAGACUUUGAAGGUCCGUCACUGAGGGUCGAGUCGAGUCGUACAACGUUUUCGUUUCGCUGGUUCCAAAGUUUAACAAGUGAGGAGGUGCAGUCACGAUCACCAGUUAAGUAACGUACACUUAUUUCCACGGUAUUUGUCAAUUUCCUCAACCUUAAGUCCUCUCAUCUGCUGAGAAUCCAUUGUCAGAUUUUGUAAGCAGAUUAUCAGCAGAUCAGAGGACUUUAGAUUGAGGAAAACAUUAAAAAAAGAAGAAAAAAGAAAAAAAAACAGUGGAAGUGAAUGCAGCAAACUACUCAACUUGUGGCCAUGACUGUACCUACAUACGUAUAGAUUCCACAAUGAACGAAUCCCCAGGAACUCUUGGUAGUAGGAUGAUAAUUACUAAUAUAUGCAGGACCUAUACACCCUGCAGUGGUAAUGUCAUUUCUCAUUGUUUUUUGUACUUGUAUGGAAGAAGGAUAGAAGUGAGUCAAAAGUUUAGUACAUGUAAAGAGUCAAGUUUUUCAUACACUAUUCAUUUAUGGCCUGUUUUUGUGCUCUUAAAUGAAAGAUGCUUUGUCAGUGUGUGUGUGUGUGUGUGUGUGUGUGUGUGUGUGUGUGUGUGUGUGUGUGUGUGUGUGUGUGUUACAAGGUUCCUCUGGUAUACAUUGUCAGCCACAGAGCCACGAGAAGGUUCCCUCAAGACAGUCAAGAGAAAUAAUACGUACGCGUGUUACUCCAAGAACAGAAAACAAACACAGCUCUUUAACUUCUCAUAUUAUGGUGCAUGUUUGUUUUCUCACAAAUAAGACUUUUCUCUUUCUUAAGUGAGAAAUUCUACACUGUUAGACGUUCCUCAGCAUCAUUAUUUUUUGCACCACCAUCACUACUAUCGUCGUAAUAAAUCGUGGGUAAACAUAGGACCAUUUCGUUGAGGCCGUUCUGUCGGUCGGUUAAUCUCUCGGCUAACGUGACACCGGUGCACAGAAUAACGAUGCUGCUUUGAGGGAUGAAUGUACGUAGAUAUUCCUAUGUAACAUACAGCCCGGCUAGCCUGGCUGACUCUGCCUUAUCACAUAAACUACUCAUAGAUGUUACAAAUUUCACUCGUCUGCCGUCUCAGUCCUUUAUUUUGCAGAAUAAUAGUAUUUUUGAAUGUGCUGUGUGUAAGCUGUCCUAUGGUUACAGUUACAGUCAUAGCACGAAAGAUUCUGUCUGCCUAGGUAUUCGUUGCAGCAGAAGGAAGAGGUUCUGGUUUAGGUUGUGUUGGUUCUGUUUGUUGACGAUGACACAGUAAGGUGUGUUGUUUUGUGCACUGUUUUGCAAAAGAUUUUAUUCAGAUAAUUUGACGUCUUGACAUGGUUUAAUUACACUUGCAUGAUUCACAGCAAACUAGUCACUAAUCUUCCUUAUGGACAGGUGUUGUAGAGGAGGUAUUUGCAGCGUUCAUCUUCAGACUCCAUUAAAAUUAUGAAUAACUUAGUUUGGUGAAUAUAAGUAGUUUCUUAAUAUUAUUUCCAUAUGUAGUGAGGUGGCCAACAGCAGGCUGACAAAUCACAUAGGCCUACUGUCUUCAGCCUAAGAGGAGUUUGUCAGUCAGCUGCUCACUUAUCACUAAACAUACAACUAGGAAUUAGGAAAUAAUAGUUAGCCUCCAUUUUGAAUACUUGAUAAUAAUUUGUUUGACAGACAGACACCAGAAUGACAGCAGACGGUUACCAAUUCAUUAUUAACCUGCUUCGGAACAGAAUAUUCAUUAUUUAAACAAUAAUAUCAAAUCCAAUAAACAUUCACAUAAUGUC